GCGACGGCGCUGGAACCCAUGGACACCGCGUACCCCCGCGAGGAUCCCCGCGCCCCGACGCCCCGCAAGGCCGACGGCGCCCACACGGCGGUGGCGCUGGGGGCGCCGGGACCCCCGCCGCGAGACCACCUGAUCUGGUCGCUGUUCAGCUCCCUCUACCUGAACCUGUGCUGCCUGGGCUUCCUGGCGCUGGCCUACUCCGUCAAGGCCCGGGACCAGAAGGUGGCGGGGGACCUGGCGGAGGCCCGGCGUCUGGCCUCCAAGGCCAAGUGCUACAACAUCCUGGCCACCAUGUGGGCCCUGGUGCCGCCCCUGCUGCUGCUGGCCCUGGUGGUGACCGGGGCCCUGCACCUGUCCCGGCUGGCGAAGGACUCGGCCGCCUUCUUCAGCACCAAGUUCGACGACUCGGACUACGACUGACAGGCUGGCCCUGUCCCUGCCCUGCCCGG